AUGGAGGCAUACAAACGUAUUGUCUUCCAAGAACUCCCUGAUGCUUUUUGCAUUCAGCUGCUGCGGUUUUCAAACCAGGGAAAGAAAAUGAAAACAAUUGUUGAAUAUCCGGAGUCACCCAAAGUGGAACAAGUCAUGGAACCUGAAACUGAUGACGUGGAAGUGAUCUCGGAGGAACAAUACCAUCUUGUGGCUGUUAUUUCCCAUCAAGGCAAUACCAUUACAUCUGGUCAUUACACGGUAUGCGCCCUUCGUAGUGGUGAAUGGUUUUACCUUAACAAUGCACAAGUGUCGAAGAUCUUCGGUCUUACAGCAAGGAAUCAAGAGGCAUAUGUUUUAAUGUACGAGAGAGAUACCACUAAGAAGAGUAAUGCAGCAACCACUACAUUGCAUUCCCACCCAAACCAAUCUUAA